CGCACAUAGACGAUCUUUGGUGGCUAGCGGCUAACUUUGACUAGCACAGAGAGACGCCAUUAGUUGUGAGAAAAAGCAGGUAUUUUCACCAAUCAAUAGGGGAUUACGUCGCGGUUACACACACUUUCUGACACGUAUAGAUCAGUAUUAAUAUAUUUUAGAUUCCCUCAUGUUGUCGACUCGGCAUUCAACCAAUUUACAGUUGUUUUUGUGAAGUCGGAAGCCAAUGUAAGCUGCGCAGGAGUUCAGUUCCGACAGGGAUAGCGUCUAUAAUAGCUAGUUAGCAUCGCAUCGGAAGUGUUUUCUUUUUUGUAUUUCUGUAAAUAUUUUUCCUGUGAUGGCGGCCGGUGGGGCUGGUGGUGGAAAAACCUACUCUUUUAAGGUGGUGUUGCUCGGGGAAGGCUGUGUGGGCAAGACGUCUCUGGUGCUGCGAUAUUGCGAAAACAAAUUCAACGACAAACACAUUACAACUCUACAGGCAUCCUUUCUUACAAAAAAGCUCAACAUCACGGGAAAAAGAGUUAACCUGGCCAUUUGGGACACAGCAGGUCAGGAGCGCUUCCAUGCAUUAGGUCCCAUAUACUACAGAGACUCCAAUGGAGCCAUACUAGUGUACGACAUAACAGAUGAAGACUCCUUUCAGAAAGUGAAAAAUUGGGUGAAAGAGUUGAGGAAAAUGCUGGGGAAUGAGAUAUGCUUGUGUAUAGUAGGUAACAAAAUAGAUCUGGACAAAGACAGACAUGUUUCAGUGGAGGAGGCUGAAAGUUAUGCUGAGUCAGUGGGAGCCAAACACUACCACACAUCAGCCAAGUUAAAUAAAGGCAUCGAGGAGCUGUUCUUGGAUCUCUGUAAAAGGAUGAUGGAAACAGCUCAGGCAGAGGAGCGGUUGAAGGGAAAUGGUGCCAGCCAGUCGGCAUCAAAUAGACGAGGAGUUCAGAUUGUUGACGAUGAGCCACAGGCCACACCUGCUGGAGGCUGUUGCUCUUCUGGCUAAAAAUUUUACAUACAUUUUCAUAUUAGCCUCUCACAAUGUAAAGCAGAUUUUCCGUCUGGUGUUCUACUCAAAAGAAGCCUCUGCUGCUAAGGAGCGUGGGAUUUUUAAUUUAAAUUACAUUAUUCCAUGUUCCCUAAUAUAAAAUAUGUAAAUUAUGUUGAUUUUUGUCAUUUCUUCAGAACCACAUACAUGAGGUACAAAUCAAACACCUCUGUGGACAGUAUUUUGUCAAAAAUUCCCACAUCUGUUUUAGAUCGGGUGAAGUUUUUAAUGACAAAAGACAAACGUAUUUAAAAGUUUGCAUAGAGGCUAUAAUUGUUUUGCCAUAACUGCCAUAUAUUCUAGGACUGGCAUUACCCAUUCAUACUUUCUUGGCACCGGUUUAAAUUUUUAGGACAAAAUGAGUGAAAACGCAUAUGAAACUGCAGUAAAUAAAGAUAAGGAGAUGCCAUUUCUCUGCCUGAAUGACAAGACACACAAACACACAUACAGCUCAUUUUCUUGUUUAAAGUCUGUAAUGAAAGCAUGUCUAAUUUCUGUUAAACACUGUUUUAAAAAAAUAAAAUAAAACUGAACCGCUAUUAUUUAAUAACUUA